AGCAGGAUCUAGGUCCCAGGCCCCAAACCCGGGGCUGAAUGUGGGCCUUCUGCCCGCCUCACUGCUCAUCUCAGAGGCCCCAAAGCCCACUAAACACCGCGCUGCCCCCCAUCCCCUGGGACUGUGGCACCCACUUCUGGAGGCUCCGAGGUUCUCCGGGGAUUUCCCCUUCAGAAGUCACCUCAGAUAAGUAUUGCCCAUCUGAGCACCCAUUUUACAGAGCAGAAAACUGAGGCUCCUGGGAGCUCAGGAGCCUUGCCAAAGCCUAUAGGGGCUUUUCGGUCUCUGAGCCGGAACUCUGACAUCUCUAGAGCGGGGCCGAGGAAGGCGUGAGUCCUCGGGCCGUGGGGGAGGCCAGGGAUCCGAGGGCAGCUUGUGUGUAGGGGGCCAGGGAAUUGUCUGAGGGAGAGGAAGAAUAUCUCGGGGACUUCCGGCCCUUUAAGAGGUGGGAACUGCGACUGAACGGGCAGGGCCCCUGACCAAUGAUCGGUGUGCCGGGAGAUUCCGGGCCAAUCGGCGGGGGCAUGGGCGGGGCCUCGUUGAGACCCGGAAGCGGGCUCGGUUUGGCCCAAGCCAUGGCGGCGGCGGCCGCUAUCGGGGUCCAGGGGGACGCGGGAGACCCGGGCCGGGGUCGGAGCGCUCCCGGAGAGGUCAUCCACUUGAACGUGGGGGGCAAGAGGUUCAGCACCUCCCGUCAGACACUCACCUGGAUCCCGGACUCCUUCUUCUCCAGCCUCCUGAGCGGGAGGAUUUCUACGUUGAAGGAUGAGACCGGAGCGAUCUUUAUCGACAGGGACCCCACGAUCUUUGCCCCCAUCCUCAAUUUCCUGCGCACCAAGGAGCUGGAUCCUCGGGGUGUCAACGGCUCCCUUCUCCUGCAUGAAGCCCAGUUCUACGGGAUCACCCCUCUGGUCCGGCGCUUGCAGCUCCGGGAGGAACUGGACCGCUCGUCCUGUGGGAAUGUGCUUUUCAAUGGAUACCUGCCCCCACCAGUGUUCCCGGCGAAGCGGCGAAACCGGCACAGCCUGGCAGGUCCCCAGCUGUCCGGCGGCCGGCCGGCCCCCGUGCGCCGCAGCCACACCAUGCCCCCCAACUUGGGCAACGCGGGGCUGCUGGGGAGGCUGCUGGAGGACAAGGUGCCCACGCCGCCCUCAGGGACUCCGGAUGAGCCGGGCAUGGUGCGGCUGGUCUGCGGUCACCACAACUGGAUUGCCGUGGCCUACACGCAGUUCCUGGUGUGCUACAGGCUGAAGGAGACGUCCGGCUGGCAGCUGGUGUUCUCGAGCCCGAGGCUGGACUGGCCCAUUGAGCGCCUGGCACUGACCGCCCGCGUUCCUGGCGGUGCUCUGGGCGAGCAUGACAAGAUGGUGGCCGCGGCUACUGGCGGCGAGAUCCUGCUCUGGGCCCUGCAGGCCGACGGCAGCGGCAGCGAGAUCGGAGUCUUCCAGCUGGGGGUCCCCGUUGACUCUCUGUUCUUCGUGGGAAACCAGCUCAUUGCGACCAGCUCCACAGGCCGCAUCGGGGUCUGGAACGCCGUCACCAAGCACUGGCAGGUCCAGGAAGUCCAGCCUAUCACCAGCUACGACGCAGCUGGCUCCUUCCUGCUGCUUGGCUGUAAUAAUGGAGCCAUCUACUACUUAGAUGUGCAGAAGUUCCCCCUGCGGAUGAAGGACAAUGAUCUGCUAGUGAGUGAGCUGUACCGGGACCCUGCCCAGGAUGGCGUCACAGCCCUGAGCGUCUAUCUCACCCCCAAAACCAGUGACAGCGGUAACUGGCUGGAGAUCGCCUACGGCACCAGCUCAGGGGGGGUCCGUGUCAUCGUGCAGCACCCAGAGACGGUGGGCUCGGGGCCCCAGCUUUUCCAGACCUUCACUGUGCACCGCAGCCCUGUCACCAAGAUCAUGCUGUCGGAGAAGCACCUCAUCUCGGUCUGUGCCGACAACAACCAUGUGCGGACAUGGUCGGUGACCCGCUUUCGGGGCAUGAUCUCCACCCAGCCGGGCUCUACCCCGCUGGCCUCCUUCAAAAUCCUCGCCCUGGAGGCGGCGGACGGCCAUGGGGGCUGCAGUGCUGGCAAUGACAUUGGCCCAUACGGGGAGCGGGACGACCAGCAAGUUUUCAUCCAGAAGGUGGUGCCCACCUCCAGCCAGCUCUUUGUGCGGCUCUCAUCUACGGGGCAGCGGGUAUGCUCGGUACGCUCCGUGGACGGCUCUCCCACAACGGCUUUCACGGUCCACGAGUGCGAGGGUUCCCGGAGGCUGGGCUCACGGCCACGACGCUACCUCCUCACCGGCCACGCCAACGGCAGCCUCGCCAUGUGGGACCUCACCACGGCCAUGGACCGUCUGGGCCAGGCUCCAGAGGGAGGCCUGACCGAAGAGGAGCUGUUGGAGCAGCUGGAGCAGUGUGAGCUGGCCCCUCCUGGGCUGCGGAGCCUGACCCCCAGCCCCUCGCCCCGGACUUCCAUCUACAGUUCCCAGUCAGAGACAAGUAUAGACUCCAAUCCGAGUCACCAAGGGAGCCCAGGCCCCCCACAGCCAGAGAUGCGGAGGCGGGGGGCUGGUAGCUUUGUGGAACGGUGUCAGGAGCUAGCCCGGAGUGGGCCGGACCCCCGCUGGCCCCCCGCCCCCGCCCCCCGGCCUCGCCCAGGCUCUAGGAGACUCUGCUACCCCCCACCCCCCAUGUCCUUCUGAAUGCCCGGCCUUCCUAGGGGUGGACUCGUGAGGUGCCUUUGGACAGCAGUCCCCUGUCUGUCUGUUCUAUUUCCUCGCCUCCCCGGGGUCGGGGUGGGCUCCCUGUUACAGCCCUGCCAGAAGAAGCCAAAGUUGCCCCCCAUUUCUCCCUGCUCCUCACCAAUAAAGUGUUCCCCACUCUUGC